AUUCCAGACGAGAAAGAGGAGGAGCCUGAGAAAGCUAAUGGCGAGAUUAAGCAGAGAGUUCCUCUCCGACGCUUCAAACCCGCAAACAAGUUUCAGUACCAGCACUGGAGAUAUUUCGAUCCAUUUUAUCUCUACACGGACGAUACCCUAGAGCCUUAUGUAUCAGUCAAAGCGUUCAAGUAUUAUUCUCUGGAGCUGAAGAGAGCCAUUCAAGAGGCAGUUCAUGUCGUGAAUAAGAGGCAUCAUCCGGUACGCGUGAAAUUUAAGCGCCUUCAUAACGGGUAUGUACGACACGACCCUCUACAAGGCAACGAGUAUAUUAUCGAUGCCACGUUCAUGGAGAGAAGACGAGGGAGACGGAUGUUUAACGAAAGAGUGAGAAUACUAAGACCCCUGGCUUCUAAUUUCAUAUUGCAGUCGUCGAAAAACGAUAAAGACGAGAAAGUUCAUAUCGUGGUACCUAUUUCUGACGUUACUCAUCGCUGCUUCGAGUUCCUUGGGAUGUUUGCCAAUGUCUCGUUAGCUACAAAAGAAGCAACUCACCUCGUUUUGGUUGUCUUCGGCGACAAAGACCUCAUAGAGAUAGAGGAGAAAGUCGACAUGUAUAAAAAGACCUACGCCGAAGCCGAAAUUAGCAUUGUGAAAGGCGUGGGCACUUUUUCACGAGCAAAAGCCCUUGAUCAAGGCAUGAAAUCACUCGAAAGUGGAGACUUGACUUUCUUCUGUGAUGUCGACAUGACAAUCGAGCGACCGUUUUUGGAUCGCUGCCGCCGAAACACCGUCGAAGGCCGAAUGGUAUAUUACCCGGAAGUUUUCAAACUUUAUAAUCCGAAAUUUGUACCAGUCAACAAUAGAAAAAUAUCCCGUAAGCAGGGCCAUUGGGUCAACUAUGGAUACGGAAUGCUCUGUAUUUACAAGUCAGACUAUGACGCCAUAGGAGGUCUGAACACAGAGAUGCUUGGAUGGGGCGGCGAAGACGUUGAUUUCUUUGAAAAAGUUCUAAAAAGCAAAUUAGAAGUGUUGCAGAGUCCCGAUACAGGGCUUAUACAUCGAUGGCAUCCUAAUGUGUGUGCUCAGGAUACUACAAAUAAGUACAAUCGAGAGUCUUGUAUCAAGUCGAGAGCAGAAGCUUUAGGGGAUAAGACUGAGCUUGCUAGGUAUAUUUAUGACAUUAUGGAGAAGCAUCCUGAGUUGACUUAGCAUCUUUUAGCAUUGGUCUUUUUAAUUUUAACUUUAUUUCUUUCCUUGCCUGCACUCCCCUCCCUCCCUCUCUCUCUCUCU